GUGGGAAUACAACUAUAAUCAUGUGUAGAUUGUACCUACCCGUCUUGGCCAUUGUGCUCGUCCUGGCUGGAGCUUCGCAGGCAGCCAGCUUGGAGUGGCCCUCGAAUCUGGUGGCCCUCAGUUCGGCCAAGUCCUCGCAGCUGCUGCCCCUUGCCAGUGAGGAUUCUGUGGAGUUGGCCGAGGGCAGUUUGGGAUCCGUCGUAUCAUCUGUUAGCCAGCCGGAGGAGCAAUCCGAGGAGGAGGAGGAGGAGGAACAGCAGCUCUCCCAGUCAUCCAGUGGCAGCUCGGAUGCCCUCGAUGCCCGUGUCGUUUCGUCGGGAAUUCCCGUCUCCGUGCCUCUGCCCCUGAUCCUGGCCACCCGCAAUGGACUGCGAACCGUGCUGACCAUCCAGGAGCCCACUGUGGCCAAGGUGGGGGAGGUGGUGCAGCAUGUGCCCACUGCCAUUUCGCAUCAGAGCCAGACAGUGGUGCACGAUCACCGCCGGCUGGUCACACCCAUUGUGGCUCCGGCUGUUCGCACCACCCAAGUGGUGCGCCAGCAGCCACCACUUCUGUGGACCGUCGCCGCCGAUCCUCGAGUGGUCCUCAUCCGCAACUGAGGAACCAAGCCAAAGAUCAACAAGAUGAACUCGCCAAAUCUAAGAUACUUCUACUCGUAAUUCCCUUUCUGGACUUUAUUUCCCAAAAAACUCUGUCUCUUCUCUGUCUUCUUUCUUCUGCCAUUUUCUGUAGAAUUCUUCUGUAGUACGCUUUUAAUAAAGAUUUCGCAUUUGCAUUUAAA